AUGGCCAGCCUCGCCGACCUCGUCAACCUCGACCUCAGCGACUGCACCGACAAGAUCAUCGUCGAGUACCUCUGGAUUGGAGGAUCCGGUAUCGACAUCAGGAGCAAAGCAAGGACGGUGAACGGCCCCAUCACGGACGCGAGCCAGCUGCCCAAGUGGAACUACGACGGCUCCAGCACCGGCCAGGCUCCCGGAGAGGACAGCGAAGUCAUCCUCUACCCCCAGGCCAUUUUCAAGGACCCGUUCAGGAGGGGCGACAACCUCCUUGUUAUGUGUGACUGCUACACACCACAAGGUGUGCCAAUCCCCACCAACAAGAGGCACAAUGCCGCCAAGAUCUUCAACACCCCCAAGGUUGCAGCUGAGGAGACAUGCAGAUACAGACAGAAAAGCUACCAAAAUGGGUUGGAAGACCACAAAAUUUGGAGGUAUGGAAUUGAGCAGGAGUACACUCUCCUCCAGAAGGACGUGAACUGGCCUCUUGGCUGGCCCAUUGGUGGCUACCCUGGUCCUCAGGGACCAUACUACUGCGCCGCCGGCGCCGACAAGGCGUUCGGGCGUGACAUCGUGGACGCCCACUACAAGGCGUGCCUCUACGCCGGGAUCAACAUCAGCGGCAUCAACGGGGAGGUCAUGCCCGGCCAGUGGGAGUUCCAAGUCGGGCCGUCCGUCGGGAUCGCCGCCUCAGACCAGCUGUGGGUGGCGCGCUACAUCCUCGAGAGGAUCACGGAGGUUGCCGGGGUGGUGCUGUCCCUGGACCCGAAGCCGAUCCCGGGCGACUGGAACGGCGCCGGCGCGCACACCAACUACAGCACCAAGUCGAUGCGGGAGGCCGGCGGGUACGGCGUGAUCAAGACGGCCAUCGAGAAGCUGGGCAAGCGGCACGCGCAGCACAUCGCCGCCUACGGCGAGGGCAACGAGCGCCGCCUCACGGGCCACCACGAGACCGCCGACAUCAACACCUUCAAGUGGGGCGUGGCGGACCGCGGCGCGUCCAUCCGCGUGGGCCGCGACACGGAGAAGGACGGCAAGGGCUACUUCGAGGACCGCAGGCCGGCCUCCAACAUGGACCCCUACGUCGUCACCUCCAUGAUCGCCGAGACCACCCUCCUCCUCUGA